ACCGGAAGCGACUGGACCGGAGAAUAUUACAUCCUUGAAACCUAACGCAUGCGCAGAGAUUGCCUUUUCUCUGAGAUUCCCACUUUUUCAAUAAUCAUGGAAAAUUAUGUCAAUCAGUUGUUAAAGGAUGCCGAUUUGGCGGUUGUAACAAAGAAGCAUGUGAGGAUGAAAUAUAAAGAGCAUAUAGGGAGAGAACUGAAUCAUGAGGAGAAAUCAAAGAUCAAUGACAUGGUGUAUGCUUUUGUGAAAGAACUUUCAGCUGCAUCUAAUCAGAUAAGUAGUGAGCCAGAACCCACAGAGAAGACCCCAAUUUCUAACGAGGAAUCCCCUGGAAACAAGGAAAAUAAGCAAACCAAUCAUAAAGCCAAUACUUUUAUCAUUAAAGGUCAAGUUGUUGAUAGAAAUGAUUUAUAUAAGUCAAGCAGCAAGAAGAAACCAGACAAAUCUCCACAUGAAAAAGAAAAACAAAAAAUGGAGGAGACUAAAGUAAAGGGAGAAACACCAGAACAGACAAAAGAUAGAAUCCAUAAACAGAAAGCUGCUGCUGCCAAACUCAAAAUAAAUGAGGUGAUGUCAGCUGUUCUUGUUAAAACGAAAACCAAGGCUAGAAGAAGUCUAAAAAUGGAGUCAAAGAGUGAAAAAUCUAAGUCUAAAAAUAUUCAGGACGAUUCUGACAAUCUAAGUGAUGAUAAUGAUCUCAGUUCCAUAGAAAAUGAUAAAACUAAAAAGAAAUUGACAAGAAAUGGUUUAAAAGCGAAUGAUUCUCGCAAAAAGGCAAAGGUUAAACCAAAUUCUGAUUCGGAUGAAUUAACUUUAAAAAAGACACCUCAGAAAUACGGUAAAGGUAAAACUUUGAUAUCUGACAAGGAAACUGCAAAUCAUUCUGAAAAGAGGAGAAAAAUAGUUAAAAGAAAAAGAAAGGUUAUUGUGGAUGAUUCAGAUACUGAAUCUGAUACAGGGAUGAAAAUGAUUUGGAAAAUCAAAAAGUAA